GGGGUGGCGGCAGUUGAGGCCGUGGCGGCUGCGGGCCGUGCGGCGCCUCCGGCCUGCGCCGAGUGGUCCCGCCCUGAGCGGGCGCUGCGGAGCGCGGGGCGGGGCCUGGAGGGAGGGUGGCGGCCCGCGGGGCGGGGGCGGGGGCGGGGGCGGGGGCAGGUGCGGGGCCGGCCUCUGGCUCCUUCUUCCUCCGCAUGUGGCUGGUGGCCGCGCCGCGCUCGGCUUCACGUUCCGUUCUCCUGCCCGGUCUCCUCCAGGCUCUCCUGCCUCGCCGAGAGCCAUGUCGAUCUCCGAGAGCGGCCCGGCGGCCACCUCCCUGCCCAACGGCGACUGCGGCCGCCCCAGGGCGCGGCCCGGAGGGAACCGGGUGACGGUGGUGCUGGGAGCGCAGUGGGGCGACGAGGGCAAAGGGAAGGUGGUGGAUCUGCUGGCGCAGGACGCCGACAUCGUGUGCCGCUGCCAGGGAGGGAAUAAUGCUGGCCACACAGUUGUUGUAGAUUCUGUGGAAUAUGACUUUCAUCUUUUACCUAGUGGAAUAAUUAACCCAAACGUUACUGCCUUUAUCGGAAAUGGAGUGGUAAUUCACCUUCCUGGAUUGUUUGAAGAAGUGGAGAAGAAUGUUGUAAAGGGGAAAGGUCUAGAUGGCUGGGAGAAAAGGCUUAUCAUAUCGGACAGAGCUCACAUUGUGUUUGACUUUCAUCAAGCAGCUGAUGGUAUCCAGGAACAGCAGAGACAAGAGCAAGCAGGAAAAAAUUUGGGUACCACGAAAAAGGGUAUUGGCCCUGUGUAUUCCUCUAAAGCUGCUCGGAGCGGACUUCGGAUGUGUGAUCUUGUUUCUGACUUUGAUAGCUUCUCUGAGAGGUUCAAAGUUCUAGCUAACCAGUAUAAGUCUAUAUACCCAACGUUGGAAAUAGACAUUGAAGGUGAAUUACAGCAACUCAAGGGUUAUAUGGAAAGGAUUAAACCGAUGGUGAGAGAUGGAGUUUAUUUCCUAUAUGAGGCCCUCCAUGGACCACCCAAGAAAAUCUUGGUAGAAGGUGCAAACGCAGCAUUGUUAGAUAUUGAUUUUGGCACUUACCCUUUUGUGACCUCUUCAAACUGUACUGUUGGAGGUGUUUGUACAGGUUUGGGUAUGCCCCCUCAAAAUGUUGGAGAAGUAUAUGGAGUUGUGAAAGCUUACACCACUAGAGUUGGUAUUGGUGCCUUUCCUACAGAGCAAGACAAUGAAGUUGGAGAAUUAUUACAAACACGGGGUAGAGAAUUUGGAGUAACUACUGGAAGGAAAAGAAGAUGUGGCUGGUUGGACCUUGUUUCACUCAAAUAUGCUCAUAUGAUCAAUGGAUUUACUGCGUUGGCCCUUACCAAGUUGGAUAUUUUGGAUAUGUUUACGGAAAUCAAAGUUGGAGUUGCUUACAAAGUAGAUGGGGAAAUCAUACCUCAUUUCCCAGCAAACCAUGAAGUCUUAAGUAAAGUGGAAGUUCAAUAUAAGACUCUCCCAGGAUGGAACACAGACAUAUCUAAUGCAAGGACAUUUAAGGAGCUACCUGUCAACGCACAAAAUUAUGUUCGGUUUAUUGAAGAUGAGCUUCAAAUACCAGUUAAAUGGAUUGGUGUAGGUAAAUCCAGAGAGUCCAUGAUUCAGCUCUUCUAAGGAUUGCCAGCAAUGCAUGACACAUUCCUUGAGAGGAAGGGAAAAAGACUUUAAACAUUUCUCUGUGGUCCGCAAAUUCAAGAAUAAAGACAUUGAAAUGAGUUUUCAGCUGGCAUUGGCUUGCAAUCUCUGACGGAUUGCUGUCAUGGCUAGCCUGGCACCCUCAUCCAGCUUCCCGGCUGGCAUGUCUGCCACAUCUGUUGCUCUGCUUCUCAUGGUGCCGCACAGUCCUUUCCAUGGUUAGUAACUGUAUAAUCCUCGUUUGACAUCUAGAACUUCCAGCAUAGCUUUUCUUCAUUAUGGCUAUUGCGUUUGAGUUUUUACCCCGAUUAGAUGGUGAGAACAAUUAAUGCAAUUUUGCACAAAUAUUUUUACAUUCUGAUCAUUCACUUCUGUCAUUGUAAUCUCUGCUGUUAGAAAAAAAAUGAUGAAAAGAUAGGGGUUCUGUCAACUUUUGUAAUGCUAAGAAUUCUGUUUAAAUUGUGAACUGCUUUUCUGCUGAGACCAUUGCAAAAUUGAGCUUUGAUAGGGUGGGGGCAGUUUGUUCAUGGGACUUUUAAUUUGUAUAGAACACAGAACUUAGUUCUCUCUGUGAUUUAUUUAAUACAGUGCACAUUAAAUUGAGUGUUCAAGAAGAAGAAAUGCUUCUCUACAAUAACAGUCUUAAUGUUAGAAAAUAAUUAUUAAAAAUCUGUUGUGAUAUUUGGUGGAUAUUUUUGUUUUCAGAUAUGAGCUCAAAUGUACGUCUUUUCCUUUUCUUUUUUAAGUAUACUGUUGUUUCUAAGAACAGUGGGUUUGCUUCCAGCAUUUCUCCUGCCAGUAUACAUCCAAAGUGACCCAUAAGUGACCACAUGAGUCCACGCUGUCAGCCGUAAUUUUGACCAUGCCUUCAUCCCUCCUUUCUUGUAAAAGCAGAGAGGUGUCACUGACACUGAGGCUUUACAUUGUGCUGAGAGUGCCCUCCACGAACCAUUAAAUGUUUAAAUUAGGCAUCACUUGAAAUUAUUUUAUUAUACCACCAAUAGCUGAUUAAAAGGAACCAAAUAUUUCCAGUA